GCCCCUUUCGCGACGAGAGCAUUGCGUUCUGUUCAAGUUUUAGCCGCUGUUUUCUGAAACGAGAAAAAUCUGUGCACAAAAAUGGCUCUACAUGUUCCAAAAGCCCCCGGUUUUGCGUCGAUGCUGAAGGAUGGAGCUCGGGCAUAUUCCGGUCUCGAGGAAGCGGUGUAUCGCAACAUUAACGCCUGCAAAGAGUUCGCCAACUCGGUUCGGUCGGCGUAUGGGCCAAAUGGCAUGAACAAGAUGAUCAUUAACCACAUCGAGAAACAGUUUGUCACAUCCGAUGCCGGUACGAUUAUGCGCGAGCUAGAUGUGGAACAUCCGGCCGCGAAGUUGAUGAUCGAGGCGAGCCAAAUGCAGGAAGCGGAAGCCGGCGACGGUACCAACUUUGUAGUCGUUUUCUGUGGUGCUUUGCUCGAGGAGGCGGAGGAGUUGCUGCGUUUGGGUGUAACCAGUAGUGACAUCACCGAGGGUUACGAGAAGGCACUACAGAAGACAUUGGACAUACUGCCCACCGUCACCUGUCACGAGAUUAAGGAUUACCGUAGCUUGCUCCCAGUGCGGAACGCAAUUCGUGCGACAGUAAUGUCGAAGCAGCUCGGCAACGAAGACUUCCUGGCGGAUCUGAUCGCAAAGGCAUGCAUUUCUAUCAUGCCCGAAAAGACAACGUUCAAUGUGGACAAUAUCCGUGUGUGCAAGAUUCUUGGCAGUGGACUGCAGAUGUCGGAAGUUAUACCGGGCAUGGUUUUCAAGCGGUUCGUCGAGGGCGAUGUAACUUCUGCAACGAAGGCAAAGAUCGCGCUGUACUCCUGCCCUGUGGAUAUCAUCCAGACGGAAACGAAGGGUACGGUUUUGAUCAAAUCGGCUGAAGAGCUCAAAACUUUCAGCCAGGGUGAGGAGAACUUGCUGGAGGCACAGAUUAAGGCGAUCGUGGACACGGGCGCGACAGUGAUCGUAGCCGGUGCCAAAUUCGGUGAUAUGGCUUUGCACUACAUGAACAAGUACGGUCUGAUGGCGGUUCGAUUGAAUUCCAAAUUCGAUCUGCGUCGCCUUAGCAAGGCAGUGAAUGGUACUGUUUUGCCCCGUCUAACUCCACCGAGCACAGAGGAGCUAGGCUAUUGCGAUAACGUGUUCGUGCAUGAGUUGGGCGACACCUCGGUCACGAUCUUCAAAUCGGAUGGCACGGAAAGCCGUAUUGCGACGGUGGUUAUUCGCGGUUCUACCGACAAUUACAUGGAUGAUAUUGAGCGUGUUGUCGAUGACGGUGUAAAUACGUUCAAGGGAUUGACACGUGAUGCCCGUUUUCUUCCCGGUGCUGGUGCUGUAGAGAUUGAGCUUGCACAACAGUUGUCCGAGUUCGCCGACACGCUCCCCGGAUUGGAGCAGUACGCCGUGCGUAAGUUCGCUAAGGCACUGGAAUUCUUCCCGAAGGCUCUCGCCGAAAACAGUGGCGUCAACGCAACCGAGGUUGUGCACCAGCUUUAUCUGGCACACAAGCAGGGCAAGAAGACGGAAGGCUUUGACAUCGAAUCGGAACAACCGGCCACUGUCGAUGUCACUACGAAGAACAUUUUCGACCUGUACACCACGAAGUAUUGGGGAUUGAAGUACGCCGUUGGUGCUGCCUGUACGAUUCUGAAGGUGGACGAAAUCAUCAUGGCAAAGCGAGCCGGUGGUCCAAAACCACGCGCUGGCCAUCCCGGAAGCGAUGAUGAAUCGUAAGCUACCGGAAGAUGGGCUGGGAGCUUGUCACAUUUUCAUCUUGAACAUUGUUCGUUCUAUCAGCAUUUUGCCUUAAUUUUCUAAUUUAAUCUUCGUUGCUAACACGCGCGACACGCACUCGCUCACAGGAUAUAAGAAUCAUCCAUUAUAAGCUGCACUAACCAAACCGCACACGAGUUAUCUAUGUUGACACGGAGCGAUGGAGAUUUGAUUUCUUCCCUAAACCCAGCAGUGUGUUGGCAUGUUCUCGUUUAUUUACUUUGAGCUGCUGUAACUGCUAAUUGAUUCACUCAUGGCACACAUAUUUUUACAACGAAAUUGUGUGCUAUAAAAGGAAAUAAAAUAAAGCUCCUAAAAUCACCUCCUGACGCAGGGAGAAU